AUGUCAUUUUCUCCUCAGGUGAGUUGCUUGAACCAUGGUGGGAACCUUGCCUCUGUACACAAUCUCAAGGAGUACACCUUCUUAAAGCUCAUGAUCUCAAGUUCAAGAUCAUACUGGAUAGGAGGCUAUGAUGCUGUUUCGGAGGGAACGUGGUUCUGGAGUGAUGGGUCCAAAAUGAAUUUCAAACUUUGGAACCCUGGAGAGCCCAACAACCAAAAGCAUGUUGAGCACUGCAUUGAGAUGAACUAUGGAGCUACAGGACUUUGGAAUGACCAAGAAUGCACAGACAAAGUACCAUUUGUGUGUGCCAUUUCUGGCUGAUCUCUUCCCCUACAUGCCAUGUUAAAUCAGAAGUGUCAUGCCCAUUUAAUCUUAUUUUUUAA